UGUUGAGAAAGAGGCUGCCAAAGUUCAGGCUUCACUAUUUCAGAGCUAACGUACAGCACUAUCGACUGGUGGUACGGUUGGGCCACCAUCCACGUGUACGUCGCUGACAAGUGGGUCCAGAGAGCCUCAUGUCGCUCAAGAAUAGCAAAGCACUCUACUACUAGUAGCUGUUGAAUGGUUCUGCUAGCUCGCUCGGUCAGUAAAGGUCUCUGCAUCAGACACUUGUCUCUCCCGCUCCGACAACAACUCCUCGCCUCCCAGCUCUUAGCACACAUCUGGGCGAUAAAACACAUAGUUGCAUUCAUUCUACACCAGCAAGAUCAGAAACAGUGUGCGUGAAUCAUAUCCAGCACGAUCGGAUCGAAGAACGAAGCCAUCGUCGUCACAACGCACAAUGCAAGAACGCCGCCGCACCGCCGCCAUGGGUGGUGUCACCGUGACGACGCCGCUCUGCUACCUGGCAGUGGCCGCGGCCUCGGCCCUGCUUCUGCUGAGCACCGCCGUGGCGCCGUGCAGCGCGCAGGUGGUGGUGACCAUCGAGGAGGCGUGCCGGAUGGCGACGAGCGGCGGCGCGGGGAAAGUGAGCUACGACCACUGCGUGGCGUCGCUGGCGUCGGACGCGCGGAGCCGCGACGCCGCGGAUCUGCACCACCUGGCCGCGCUGGCCGCGCGGAUCGCGGUGGAGCACGCGGCGGCGACGGAGGCCAAGAUCGAGGACCUGGGCGAGGUGGAGGAGAGCCCCCACGCGCGCGCGCGCCUGCACCACUGCCUGGACCUCUACAACGCCGCCGCCGACGUCCUGCGCGACGCGCUCGACAACCUCCACGCCCGCGUCUACGGCAAGGCGUCCCAGCAGCUGGCCGCCGCGCUGGGCGCCGCCGAGAGCUGCGAGGACGUCUGGAAGGGCGAGGAGCACGUCCCCGUCGCCGCGCACGACAGGGAGUACGGCCGCAUGGCGUUGGUCGCGCUCGGCCUCACCAGCGGCAUCGCUUGAUCGCGCCUACUACGCUAAUGCUGUCGUCUCAUCGAUUCAUCAUCGCGUCGAUCGAUCGGUCCAUUACACUUGUCAGCCCGAACGCCAUUGACGACGCCAUGGCUGUCGUCAAGUCGUCAUCAUAAAAGCUAUAUAAAGUCGCAUCAUCUGUCUCCUUGGAAGUUGGAAAUAUAAUCCUGACAUGCAUGUAUGUAGAAAGGGCAUGCGUGCAUGUAUGUAGGGCGAUACAUAUACACUCCUAUCUGUUGUUGUUCGUUCUUUGGGUUUGUAGGACUUUGAACGGUUGCAUGGUGGUAAGUAUAUAAAUCACAUCUUGAAUGAACUACCACACAAGAUCUUGCAAGGGCUAAUUCCCCCCUCUAUUUCUGUUUAUCUUAUCAUUUCUAUUGUCA